CUCCUCCUCCGCCUCUCCACCAGUUGCCUCGUUGAGCCCGACGGCGGCGUGGACCGGGAGUGCCCCAUAUGGCCCAGCAGGCACGAGGGCUGGUGAGGCAACUCCGCAGCCCCACCGGUAUGAGUCAGAGGAGGCUGGAGCGGGCCUGAGGAGGCAGCCAGGCAGGCAGGACGCAGGCUGGCCAUGCUCGCCAGGCAGCGGCAUCUUCUCCAGCCCUCCGGCACACUUUGCGCGCAAGGGAGCCGACACCUCCGUUCCGCGUCGCGCCCUCCGCCGCCUUCUCUUGCUCGUCCCCGCCGCUGGCGGUUUUCACGACGCUGCCCGACAGCCGCUCUGUAGCAGCGGCGGCGGCGCCUAGUCUUCCAUGGAGCCCGGAGGCGCCCGCGACGGCGGCGGCACCAGCAGCCCAGAGUUGGGCCGGGGCAAGCGGCUGAGCGUGGGGGAGCUGCGCUCGCUCUUCGAAGCGCGGUGCGCGGCGGCCGGCGAGCGGUUGCCCGAGCCUCCCAAGAAGAGCUGCCGGCCUCGCAACGGGGUGCUGCAGCCGGUGAUCCCGCAGCUGACCGUCACCCCGGAGGAGGACGGCGAGGACGGGCAGCGCAGCCCGGCCGGGGUGCCCCGCUCGGAGCCGGACGGCGCCUGGCUGACGACUGACAACUCGCGGCGCCUCUCCACAUCGUCGCUCUCCUCCACCGGCUCGUCGUCUCUCUUCGAGGACUCCGAGGACGACCUGCUGAGCGACACCGAAGGCAGGAGCCAGGGCAUCGUCCACCUGGAGCACGGCGAGGAAACCCACCAGAUACUUCAAAAUCUUGUGCUGCCAUUCUUCGUAGGUCGUGCAUUCAAAGCUUUGAACAUAUCAUCACCCCCCCCAAUUUAAAAAAAAACUGAUGAAAAUAAACAGAUAAGCCAGCAAUUAUACGAACACUUGGUUCACCAGAGGCUGAAGCCUUCUUCUGAUGUUAGUGGCUCUUCCACCCCAGAAAAAUCAACUUCAGUUGGAAGGAAGGCUAUUUUGCACAAAGGAAAGCUUUAAGCAUUGCUUAAGUGGAGUCUUAGUAUAGAAAACGUACACUAUAGAAAAUGGCACCUGGGACAAACUAUCAAUGCACCCCCUCAACUCCAUAUU